CAUGGAUUUUCUGGUGCGCAUGCGCGUGCGUAAAAUCUAGUUGGAAAUGAGGUAUCAGUCUUGGAGUAGGCGACUUUUAAAAAGCAUCGGCAGCUCGUGAUAUGACGACUUCGCUGGUCCUGCAUCCACGCUGGGCGGACACCUUGAUGUACCUGUAUGAAAAAAGCCCGAAUGAAAAUAAUCAGAAUAAAAGCCAAAUUAUGGAGGGAUUAAGCGGGAAUUGUCCUGCGACUCACUGCAGGGAUCUGAUCUCACACCCUGCGUUGGGAAGGCAUUCCGGCACCAUAGCGACUCACCAGGGAUCCGUGUACUCGGAUAUAUCUUCCGCUGACACAGGGCGACAGUGCCCCGCUCCACAAACGUCAUCCAGCGCCUCUCUGAGUUACGGCUACCCAUUUGGAAACCCUUACUACGGCUGCAGAUUAUCUCACUCGCACAACGUGAACUUACAGCAGAAACCUUGCUCGUACCACCCUGCAGAGAAAUAUGCCGAGCCGAGCACCACUUUGCCCACAGAGGAGCUCUCCAGCAGGGCAAAGGAGUUUGCUUUCUACCCGAGCUUUGCCAGUUCGUACCAGGCAGUUCCAGGAUAUCUUGACAUGUCGGUGGUUCCCAGUAUUAGCGCACAUCCAGAGCCACGUCACGAUGCGUUGAUCCCAAUGGAGGGGUAUCAACACUGGGCUCUGUCGAAUGGCUGGGAUGGGCAGGUGUACUGUUCAAAGGAACAAACACAGUCUUCUCAUCUUUGGAAAUCUCCAUUCCCAGAUGUUGUUCCAUUGCAGCCCGAAGUCAGCAGUUAUCGCCGAGGGCGCAAAAAACGUGUUCCUUACACCAAGCUCCAACUGAAGGAACUGGAAAAGGAGUAUGCAGCAAGCAAAUUUAUCACCAAAGAUAAGAGACGGCGCAUCUCUGCUACAACCAACCUUUCAGAACGCCAGGUUACUAUUUGGUUCCAGAACCGCAGAGUGAAGGAGAAGAAGUUUGUCAGUAAAUCCAAGACAAAUAGUCAUAUGCACACUUGAUGUAUGUGUCGUUCUUUUCUCGACAGCUUAUAUCCUUCCGUCCACCAAGUCUAAUAUUUACAUCUGUAAAAAAAGAACAUGAAUGAAGAACAUCCGUUCAGCCUUCCACCUAACCUGUCUUCUUACCCUUUAUUUAAUUUUAAAUAUGCACACAUUGCCAUUACCGCUCUUCGGCCUUUGGGACAUAAAAAACUGUGAAAACACAGAAACAGCGUUUCAACUUCGUCAUUUUUUUAUGAAUGUACAUAUAUAAAUAUUAAGUAUUUAAAAUGAGAUAUCAAAGAGACAAAUGGUUUACGUGCAUCUGAAAAUACAAAAAAGCACGACCCUUCUGCGUCUCUUCACUUAUGCGUCAAAGCCAACAAACCAGAAGAACACGCAAGAGGAGAGAAAAAAAUAUAUAUACCGGACACUUUGAAAGAAUCUGGACUUGUAUAUACUCGGAAGGCUAUGGCAAAUGUUGAACUGAGACACGAACAAUAAUCAUCAUUUGCAUUGGCUGGAGAUGACGAUGAUUUGAGCCUCCGAGAUUUCAAAAGCUAAUUGGUUCACUGUGAGAUAUGCCGGGAAAAGCCAGGCUGCUAAUGUUAAAUGUACAGUUUAAUGGUUCUGUUAUUUAAUUUAGAUUUCGCACAUGCCAGGUCUGUAAAAAGGAAUGUUUCAAGAUCAUCUGUAUUGUGUGUGUCUAUUGGCAGUGAAGGAUAUGACUCUACAUGCAACUGGAAUGAUUGUAAGCAUUUAAAAAUCAUUUAGCAUUACACGUUAAUGCACAAUCUUUUUGUUUUAUAUAUAUAUAAAUAAAUAUAUAUAUCGUAAAGCAUUGAAGCUGUUCACACAAGUUGUCUGUAUCUCUUUUUGUGCAGUAUGUGAACUGUAUUGUGGUGUUCAAUACCUUAAAGUACUGAAUUGGAACAUUUCAUAAAUAAAAACGACAUUGAAACAUGAGUACAUU